GAUAUAAUGAUAUGGACCACUGAUGAUUUUAAACAUAGUUUAACGGCACAAAUUCAGCUGCUAUCGAAGUUUCAGAUCUUCUUAUCUUGUCAUCAUUGAGAAGACGACCAUCUCUUCUCUAAGAAGAAGAUUUUUUUGGCUUAUCUUUGGUCAUAAAUCCAAAAUGUUCCAGAGCCUGAAGCUUCUUCUGUGUUUCAGCCUCUGCGAUGUUUCUUUUGCUGUUAUUGCUCAACAUUGUUUUACCUUUAAGGAGCAAAUCCUCAAAGAUAUAGGAAGUACCUUAUCCUGCGAUCAUCGUCCAGGACAUGGAGAUUAUGCAGAAUGCAACAUCUCAGACUUCCGCUCAGAUCUGACGGAACUCACACCAGAGGUCAGGUCACUCUGUAUCUUCCACAAGGCAAAGAUGAUUCCAGAAAAGGCGUUCUCACAAUGGCCGUCGUUGGAAAUUUUACGUAUCUUUGGAGAGCAGUUGAACGGGAUUAUGUCUAAAGCCUUCAUUGGCCUCUCCAACCUAAAGUUCCUGAAGAUUACCUUCGAUUCUUCUUCCAAAUGUCGCAAUGUUUCCUUAGAAGAUCAAGCGUUUGCUGGGUUGGAGAACUUACAGGAGCUGGAACUGACAGGUUUCCAGUUUAAGAACAUUUCCAGCUCAACCUUCAACCCUUUGAGGGAGCUUGUGAGUUUGAGGUUAGCAGGGGUUUGUGUGAAGGAGUUGAGUGAGGUGUUUUGUAGUCUCAGUGAUAACAUGGCUCUACUACAGCAUUUGUCUCUGGAGGACAGUGGAGUUUCAACCAUAGAUAAGCAGGAUUGCAUGGCCGAAUCUGCUGUGCUUGCUGGAGUCAAGGAUUUAAAUCUAGAUGGGAAUCCCAUCCAGGUGAUUGAGGAAGAUUCUCUGAAGGUGUUUCAGAAUCUUUCCAGCCUUUCUUUAAAGCUCCUUGAACAGUUUGAGUCAAGGAACAGCAUUUGGAAAUCGGGAAUUGGCCAGGUCGAUAAAAUCCGCUUUUCUGGACCGAAGUCUAAAGGGCUCAUCAAUGACUUGUGCAGCAUGACCGCUCAUCUAAGUGUGAGAACCCUUGAACUAUCUCAAAUCGCAGUGGAUAUGUUGUCUGAGAAAAGUCUACAAAACUGCAGUAGGCAUUUGAAGACAUUGAGCAUCUGUAGCUCCAAGAUUCAACAGAUCGACUUCAGAUUUUGGAAGGUUGCAGCAAAUAUCGAAUCCCUAACAAUGUCCGACAUGGGUUUAAAAGAAGCGUCAUUUUGCAAGGGCGCUAAUGGUACCAUUUGGAACAUCACCAGUUUAAAUCUAGAGAACAACCUACUCAAGGAGGUUCACGCCAAUCAGUUCGGCUGUAUGCCUUUACUGGAACGACUUGUACUCAGCAGAAACUCCAUUGAAACUCUGUUUCAAGAUGCCUUGAGUGGUCUACCAAGACUCAGGACUCUGAAGCUUAACUCAAACAAGAUCAAGCAGCUUUCCUACACAGACUUUGAGUCUCUUUCUGCUUUGGAGAUCCUGCUAAUUGACAAUAAUACAAUUCAGAAGAUUGAAGAAGGUGCAUUCAGGAAGCAAAAGCAGCUACAGGAGAUGACCUUAGGCACUCUGUUGUUCCCUGAGCUGUACCUUACCAUGAUUUUUUACGGCUUCCCACCGAAAAUGCAAAAUCUCAGCAUCGAAACUGGACACCACACAGCCCUUCUCCACCUUGGCGUAAAUCCGACCCCUGAGAGACUCUCUGCUCUAAACCUAAACAUAUUUGGCAUAUAUAUCGAUGACUGUAACAAUACACUGCUCAAGCGAGUACGAGAACUGAAGUUGAUGGCCUAUUAUAUUGCCUGCGAUUUUCACUCCUUUUGGACCUUCUUUCCAAACCUUGAAUCCUUCGAGUACAAGGGCGACAGCGAGGGACAUUCGGAAACGUACGGCGACAUCAACACUCUGCGCAAUCUGAGACGUCUCAAACUGACCAGUCUCAAUUUUGCCAACAACUCAGAAACCGACAUGAUGUUCUGGAACCUCAAAAAGCUCCAGGUCCUCACGCUGGUGAACUGCCACCUCAACUUCUUAACGAAAAGCAUGUUCAAGGACUUGCUUUCUCUGCAAUUGUUGCGCAUAGACCUGAACAACCCUCUGACUCUGUUGGACGGGAUGUUCGACCCCCUGCCGUCGCUGAGAGCCAUUGUCCUCGACGAGUUGGACUUCCGCUGUGACUGCGAAAACAACUGGUUUCUAGACUGGGCAGAGAGCUCCAAGCAAGUGCAGGUGAUUCAUCUGCAGCGUCAGCAGUGCGUUUGGCACUACCAGAAGCGUGAUUACCUUUCCACCAUGGAGAAGCUGUGUCAGACAGAUGUGCAGUACCUGUGCUACCUGGGCUCAUCCAUCGCCAUCGCCCUGCUGCUGUCUGCUUCCAUCGGUUAUCGCUUUGCGUACUGGCCCUGCAUGGUUCUCUUCUUCCGUCUGAGAGGAUAUGUGGAGAGGAAGCUUGGAGGGAAGUGGAGGAUAAAAAGAAGAAGAAGAGAGAGGCAGGGAGACGAGGAAGUGGAAGUACAGGUGGAAGAGGAAGAGGAAGAGGAGAUGAAGUUUGAUGCGUUCGUGUCGUUCAGUAGGCAUGAUGAAGCCUGGGUUUUGGAGGAGUUGGCGCCAAGACUGGAGGAAGAAGGCCAGCAAAGACUGCGACUCUGCCUGCACAGCCGGGACUUUGAGGUGGGUAAAGGAAUAGUGAAUAAUAUCUCAGAGAGUAUCUACAGGAGUCGGCGUACAGUGUGUGUGCUGAGUCGUCAGUAUCUGCGCAGUGAUUGGUGCAGCCUGGAGAUGCGAGUGGCGACCUACCGUCUCCUGGAGGAGCAGGAGCAUUCCCUCAUCCUCAUCUUCCUCCAGCACAUCUCCCCCUUCCAGCUCACCGCUUUCCACCGGUUGGUGACCCUGGUAAAAUCCCGUACCUAUCUGGAGUGGCCAGAGGACCUGGCUAAGAGGGAGCACUUCUGGGAAUGCCUGAGAAGAAACAUAGUUAAGGGGGACAUGGAUGCUCCUUCAGCUCUGUUACAAAAAUAGAAACCACUGCAGCAAGUGGAUGGAAAAAGAUGCCGAACUGCAGUUUCUAACUGUACAACCUUUAUAAAAUCCCCAGUGACUCUGCUGCACCCCACUGACACUUUACACCAAAUUACUGUGAUUCCACCACAAAAAUAAUCAGCUCUGGAAAAAAAUUGUUUCUCUGAUUUUGCUAUUUAUAGGUUUAUGUUUGAGUAAAAUCAACAUUGUUGUUUUAUUCUAUAAACUACAGACAAUAUUUCUCCCAAAUUCUAAAUUAAAAUAUUGUAAUUUAGAGCAUUUAUUUAUAGAAAAUGAGAAAAGACUGAAAUAACAAAAAAAAAGAUGCAGAGCUUUCAGACCUCAAAUAAUGCAAAGAAAACAAGUUCAUAUUCAUAAAGUUUUAAGAGUUCAGAAAUCAAUAUUUGGUGGAAUAACCCUGGUUGGUUUUUAAUCACAGUUUUCUUUUCAUGCAUCUUGGCAUCAUGUUCUCCUCCACCAGUCUUACACACUGCUUUUGGAUAACUUUAUGCUGCUUUACUCCUGGUGCAAAAAUUCAAGCAGCUCAGUUUGGUGGUUUGAUGGUUUGUGAUCAUCCAUCAUUUUUAAGUGGGAUCCUAUUUUUUAUCCUGAGCUGUACAUGAUAAUAUGAUUUAGAUAUUAACAGCACAUUGCAGCAUUACCUCCACUAAUCACUACACAGCAAAAUCAGUAUUUAUCUAUGAUCUACACACUGUACUGUAUUUGUGGACUGAUAUAUCCAAAUGCCUUCUUAAAUAAAUGAUUUUGUUUCUAUUUUGACUGAAAAAUCAAAUAAUAAUAGACCAAUUUUACCAACUUUACCAUUAAUCAUAAAAUUAAAUUAAGCUUUCACACUAACCAUUUAAUGUAGUAUUCAUCAGACAGUGUUUUAUUUUAGGUGUAGCAAAUACAGAAUAAAGAUGUAUACAGAAAAAAAUGUAUUAACCUGUUGGGGAUCAUUCAAAAACUAUUCUCACUCACCUGCAUUAUAAUUUGUCUCAACUGUCUUUUAAAUGAAGGAAACUCUUUCUGAUUAGUUUUCUCUCUAUGUAAAACAUGGUAAAUAAAGUGUAUUCAGUCCAAAACUCCUGAGGAGGUCUCCUGAGGUAACUUAUUUAUUUGGGUGUAUUUUGCGCAUUUUUCAAUCAAUGAGUUGUAGAUAUUGUUUUUUUUAAUUAUUAUUUAUAACAUUUUUGUCUUCGGUAAAUUUUGGGUUUAGUAAAACAUUUAUUUGCUCUUACAUGAGGGUACA